AUGGAGGGGCCCGCGGCGGCCGCCGUUGCUGCUGAGACCCCAGCCGCAGCAACCCAGCAGCAGCAGCAGCAGGAGCUACAGCAGCAGCAGCAGCAGCAAAAGGCCCCACAGCAGCAGCAGCAGCAGAGCGAGGGCAGCCGCAACUCCAAGGCAGUUUUCUCCCUAAAGAAGCCGACGCUCCUCCCCAAGUCUCUUCACUACCGGCCGCAGACACAAGAGUGGCGUGUGAAGUACCGCUGCGGCGGGGCAGUCCACUGCAAGACCUUCUCAGCGCAGACGUACGGCGUGGAGACAGCGCAUGCACUGGCCCUCUGGUACCGGCAGCGAGUUGCUGCUGAAGGUUGUGUCCCUUCGGAGGCGCAGAUAAGAGAGACUUUGCUGCAGCUGACGGAGGCAGCAGCCAAGCAGCAGAAGCCUGCUGCAGCAGCAGCAGCAGCAGGGGCAGCAGCAGCAGCAGCAGCAGGGGCGGAAGAGGAGGCGGGGAAAGGCGCGAAGGAGCUCGCGCAGCAGCAGCAGCAGCCGGUGAAGGACGCAGCGGCUGCUGCUGCUGCAGCAAAUGCAGCAGCGCUGUCUUCUGCGGUUGUGGCUGCUGCUACUGUGGCUGCUGCUGCAGCAACGGGAAGUGCAGCAGCAGCAGCAGCAACGCCCAGACUGAAAGCGGCAGAUGUGCUGCUAGAUGCAUGUGAUGAUGCUCUUGACUUGGGACCUCCAAUGAAGGGACGCAGCAAGCUGCAGCAGCAGCAGCAGCUGCAGCAAAGUGCGGGCAAGCUGCAGCGGCCCCACACAGCAGCAGCUACUGCAGCAGCAGCAGCAGGUGGCGCAUGCGCUUCGGAGGCGGGAGAAGCAGCAUGCAAGCCAAAGAUUGCUGCUGCUGCAGUGCCGUCUGCUGCUGCUGCUGCUGCACCAGCUGCGCAGCUGCUGCAGUCUGCAGUGGACGCAUUGGAGUCCAAGCCAAUUCCGCCGCAGCAGCAGCAGCAGCAGCAGGGAGACGCCCCGGAAGCCACAGCAGCACCAGCAGCAGCACCAGCGCCUGUGUCCAGCAGCAAUACAGUGGCAGAGGCAGCAAUAACAGCACCAGCUGCUGCUGCUGCCCCGGCAGACCUUGUAGAGGAGCCGGCGGAGCAGCAGCAGGAGCAGCAGCAGCAGGAGCAGCAGCGGGAGCAACAGCAGGAGCAGCAGCAGCUGCAACGGGUGCUGCUGCGACGCAGCAGCAGGCCACCGCGGCCGUCUCCGUCUGCUGCAGCAGCAGCAAAUCCCAAGACCGAAGACGAAUGGCGCCAGAUCUUAACUAGAGAGUAUGAUCACUUCUACCCUCCUAAGGGGUGCUUUGUUUGCCGCGGAUGCCUUUCCCCUCUUUUCCCCGCCAGCAGCAAAUUCAAAUCCGGCUGCGGCUGGCCAGCCUUUGACAAAGUUUACAAAGGCAAAGUUAAAGCUGUGCUAGACCUUAGUGGGGGCAUGAGGCGCUGGGAGAUAAUCUGCAGCGCCUGCGGCGGCCACUUGGGCCACGUGUUCACUGGCGAGGGGUUUACGCAGACCAACGAGCGGCACUGCGUGAACUCCUUGUCCAUAAAGUACCAAGAAAAAGAGCCUGGCCUCGAGACAGAAAUUCUCAGGCCUGCUAAUUAG